AUGGCAGCACUGGCCUUUGCCUCGGAGGCCUCUCGGGAGCAGCAGCAUAGGGGCUGCGAGGGCAAGGUGAUAGAGGUCUGCACCGAGGGCCUCAGGGCGGGCUGCAGUCUACAGGCAGCGCGUCAGUGCGCCUCGCCGCCCCUGCUCCGCCUGCUGGGCCUCGUGCCAGAGCAGAGCUGGGAGGAGCGGGAGGCGUGCCAGCAGCGGUGCAUGGACGCGUGCCUGGCGCAGCAGACGCCCGCCUGCCAGCAGCACGCCCAGCACUUCUGCGCAGACGUCUUUGCCGGCCCCGUGGCGGGGCAGCAGCAAGGGCGGGAGCAGGAGAAAGACCCCCGCUAG